AUGUCUAAAGAAACAUUACAAAAAUUAAAAGAAGAUUUUAUCAGUUCUUUGCGAUUAGAUAGAAGUGGUCGUUUAAAUAUUGAAACACUAACUAGACAACAGGCUAACUCUCAAAUUUGGCAUUCUGAACGAAGAAAUAGACUUACAACAUCAAAUUUUGGUCGUGCAACUGAUUAUGGUAAAGCCACCGAACCAGAAGCUAUUGUUGCGUUGGAAAACAUAUUAAAAUGCAAAGUUAAUCCAUGUGGACUUAUCAUUGAUGAACAUUUUCCUUACUUAGCAACAACUCCAGAUGGUAUAAUUGAUGAAGAUUUCGUAGUUGAAAUCAAAUGUCCAUUUGCAGUCAGAGAUUCAAUUACAUUUUUGGAAGCGAUAAACUGUAAAAAACUAUUAUUUUGUCGUCUCAAUGACAAUGGAGCUAUGGAAUUAAAAAUUGAUCAUCAUUAUUAUUAUCAAGUUCAGGGACAAAUGCACAUUUCUAAACGAAAAUUCUGUUAUUUCGUCGUCCACUCAAAAAAUUGGACGGAAAUACAAUUAAUAAAUUACGAUGAAUCUUUCUGGGACAACAAAAUGAUUGACAAGUUAAAAAUUUUUUACAUGGAAUGCUUACUACCAGAGAUAAUCAAUCCUCAGUAUGGAAAACGUUUGCUAGUAGAUGAUAUAAAAGAUCCUGAACACAUUUUGGAAAAUAUUAAAACAAAAAACAACAUGAAAAAUAAUUUGAAAUAA